CCUGAUUUCCUUUCUCACCCUUUUACUCAUCCUUAAAAAAUCCUGUUCCCCAGAGACGGCAAGAGAGCCUCCAGAGAAGUCUCUAAUGGAGUGCAGCUCCCUGAGGUUUUGAUGGAGGGGUGGGGAGAACUCUGGGCCUGGCUCAUGGGGUGCUGUGUCCAGGGAUGUGAGGAGGUGGUCAGAGAAGCCCAGAGGAGACACAGACAUGGCAAAGGAGAGGGACAGGUCCCUGAAGACUCUGCCAAUGUCUUGCCAGCCUUGAUUCAUGGGGCUAUAAGAGACUUUCCUACGAUUUCAGGAAAAUUCAAGUUUUCUCAUGGAUUUCAAAAUAAGAUUGGCAAGGAACAGAAUAACACACUGAUUUUCCGAGAAGACAUGGUUAGUUUCGUGUCAGAUAUGAAUAGAGAUGAAAAGGAAAGAAUUCUCUCUGUGAUGGGAAGUCUCCAUCUCCCGGGGAUCUGGCACAGCCCCAUGGCAUUGCUGAGGAGGAGAAGUUUGGAGUUCGUGAUGACAAAUCCCGCUGAGUGAAUUUUUGAGGGCUGGCCUGUGACUUUCCUUAUUUCAGGCAACAUUUGGUCCAGGCUGCCUAUUCCUAAACUUGAAGACACCAUUAAGAGAUACCUCUGUGCACAGAAGCCUCUCUUGGAUGAUGGCCAGUUCAGGCCCCUGGUUUGAUAUGUACCUGUCUGCUCGAGACUCCAUUGUCUUGAAUUUUAAUCCAUUUAUGGCAUUCAACCCUGACCCAAAGUCUGAGUAUAAUGACCAGCUCACCAGGGCAACCAACAUGACUGUUUCUGCCAUCCGGUUUCUGAAGACACUUCGGGCUGGUCUUUUGGAGCCAGAGGUUUUCCACUUGAACCCUGCGAAAAGUGACACUGAUACCUUCAAGAGACUCAUACGCUUUGUGCCUUCUUCUCUGUCCUGGUAUGGGGCCUACUUGGUCAAUGCUUAUCCCCUGGAUAUGUCCCAAUAUUUUCGGCUUUUCAAUUCAACCCGUUUACCCAAACCCAUUCGGGAUGAACUCUUUACUAAUGAGAAGGCUAGGCACCUCCUGGUCCUAAGAAAAGGACAUUUCUAUGUUUUUGAUGUCCUAGAUCAAGACGGAAACAUUGUGGGUGCCUCUGAAAUCCAGGCUCAUCUGAAGUACAUUCUCUCAGACAGUAGCCCUGCCCCCGAGUUUCCCCUGGCGUAUCUGACUACCGAGAACCGAGACGUCUGGGCAGAGCUCAGGCAGAAGCUGGCGAGUGGUGGCAAUGAGGAGGCCCUGAGGAAAGUGGACUCUGCUGUGUUCUGUCUCUGCCUAGAUGACUUCCCCAUUAAGGACCUCGUCCACUUGUCUCACAACAUGCUGCAUGGUGACGGCACAAACCGCUGGUUUGAUAAGUCCUUUAACCUCAUUAUAGCCAAGGACGGCACUGCUGCUAUCCACUUUGAGCAUGCUUGGGGCGAUGGGGUGGCGGUGCUCAGGUUUCUUAACGAAGUGUUCAAAGACAGCACUCAGGCCCCUGCUGUCACCCCACAGAGCCAGCCAGCCCGCACGGACUCUUCUGUCGCCGUGCAGAAGCUUAACUUCAAGCUGAACGAUGCCUUAAAGACUGGCAUCAGCACCGCUAAGGAAAAGUUCGAUGCCACCGUGAAAACCCUCACUGUCGACCUCAUCCAGUUUCAGAGAGGAGGCAAAGAGUUCUUGAAGAAGCAGAAGCUGAGCCCUGACUCGGUGGCUCAGCUGGCCUUCCAGAUGGCCUUCUUGCGGCAGUAUGGGCAGACGGUGGCCACCUACGAGUCCUGUAGCACUGCAGCAUUCAAGCACGGCCGCACUGAGACCAUCCGCCCGGCCUCCAUCUUCACCAAGAGGUGUUCCCAGGCCUUCGUCAGGGAGCCCUCCAAGCACAGUGCUGGAGAGCUUCAGCAGAUGAUGACCAAGUGCUCCACGUACCACGGCCAGCUGACCAAAGAAGCAGCAAUGGGCCAGGGCUUUGACCGACACUUAUUUGCUCUGCGUUACCUGGCAGCAACCAAGGGGAUUGUUCUGCCUGAGCUAUACCUGGACCCUGCAUAUGGGCAGAUAAACCACAACAUCCUGUCCACGAGCACUCUGAACAGCCCAGCAGUGAACAUUGGUGGCUUUGCCCCUGUGGUCCCUGAUGGCUUUGGCAUUGGGUAUGCUGUUCAUGACAACUGGAUAGGCUGCAACGUCUCCUCCUACCCAGGCCGCAAUGCCCGGGAGUUUCUCCAGUGUGUAGAGAAGGCCUUAGAAGACAUAUUUGAUGCCAUAGAAGGCAAAUGCAUCAAAACUUAGCUUCUGAGUGGGUGAAAAACUUCCAUCACUUCAUGGACAUGAAAAUUGGAGCCUAAUAGCCAGUAGGUGCUAGUGUAAGAAUGAAACUAAUCAUGAGGUGCCUAAGCAGCCAGUGCUGUAAGACUUGAGCUUUAAGGUCAUGGUUUUAAAGCUAAACAUAUAAUUUCCAAGUGGGACUAGAUCACAAUUAAGGGUAAUGUGAGAUUUCAAUUUUAAGGACAUUUGAUCAGAAGGUGGGAUUUGGAAAAAUAACUCUCAGGUGUAUUUAUUGUUGAAGCAGAAAUAAAAUUUAAUUGUUGCUUGGA